CCCGCCUUCCUUGCGGCUUCUGCCCAGUUUCCCUCUGCCUUCGCCGGGCGCCGCCCGCAGACGGAGCCCGGAUGCUACCGAAACGGCGGCAAGCGCGGGUCGGGCCCCCCGACACCGACCCCUCCUCCGCGGCGCGCUUCCCCGCGGUCGCUAUCUACCUGGCCGAGCCACGCAUGGGCCGCAGCCGCCGGGCCUUCCUCACACGCCUGGCGCUCUCCAAGGGUUUCCGCGUCCUGGAUGCCUACAGCCCAGAGGUAACACACGUCGUGAUGGAGGGGACGUCAGCAGAGGAGGCCGUCUGCUGGCAGGAGCGCUGGACGGUGGCCCUUCCCCCAGGUUGCGCCCGCCCAGCACUCUUAGACAUAAGCUGGUUCACGGAGAGCAUGGCGGCCGGACAGCCUGUCCCCGUGGAGUGCCGGCACCGCCUGGAGGUGGCUGUGCCCAGGAAGGGGCUGCCAAGCCCAGCGUGGAUGCUGCCGUAUGCCUGCCAGCGUCCCACACCCCUCACGCACCACAACGCCAGCCUCUCGGAGGCUCUGGAGACGCUGGCAGAGGCCGCGGGCUUCGAUGGCAGCGAGGGCCGCCAGCUCUCCUUCUGCAGAGCGGCCUCAGUGCUCAAGGCUCUUCCCAGCCCAGUCACAACGCUGAACCAGCUGCAGGGCCUGCCCCACUUCGGAGAACACUCCCGCAGGGUCAUCCAGGAGCUGCUGGAACACGGAGUGUGUGAGGAGGUGGAGAGAGUCAGGCUCUCAGAGAGGUACCAGACCAUGAAGCUCUUCACUCAGAUUUUUGGCGUUGGGGUAAGGACUGCGGACCGGUGGUAUCGGGAUGGGCUGCGGACGCUGGAUGACCUCCGAGAGCAGCCCCAGAGACUGACCCAGCAGCAGAGAGUAGGACUCCAGCACCACCAGGACCUGAGCUCCCUGAUCCUGCGGUCAGAUGUGCAGGCCCUGCAGCACGUGGUGGAGGCAGCCGUGGGGCAGGCCCUUCCUGGGGCCACCGUCACACUGACUGGCGGCUUCCGGAGGGGGAAGUUGCAGGGCCACGACGUGGACUUCCUCAUCACCCACCCUCAGGAGGGCCAGGAGGCAGGGCUGCUGCCCAGAGUUCUGUGCUGCCUGAAGGAGCAGGGCCUGGUCCUCUACCACCAGGACCACCAGAGCCAACAGGGAGACCCCACCCACCUGAUGCGGCAGAGCCACACCAUGGACGCCUUUGAGAGGAGUUUCUGCAUUUUCCGCCUGCCACAACCCCCAGGGGAUGCCGUAGGGGGCUCCCAGAAGCCCUGCGCCUCCUGGAAGGCUGUGCGGGUGGACCUGGUGGUUGCCCCCAUCAGCCAGUUCCCUUUUGCCCUCCUCGGCUGGACUGGCUCCAAGCAUUUCGAGCGGGAGCUGCGCCGCUUCAGCCGGAAGGAGAGGGGGCUUUGGCUGAACAGCCAUGGUCUGUUUGAUCCAGAGCAGGGAAGCUGCCACGGUGGUGGGGGUGACUCCCAGGCACUAAUACUUGCACUCUGUUACAGAAGGCGUUUUCCCACGUGGUUUCAGAGGAAGAUAUCUUCAGACUCUUGGGCCUUGAGUACCUUCCCCCAGAGCAGAGAAACGCCUGAUCCUAUUAGGUGGCCCCCACUUCCACUCUUUGGAAAUGGAGGGGGCCAUUUGAGCCAGACCCUAUGGGUGUUUUGCCCCUGAAUGUUUCCAGGCAGAAGAUGCACUGCUGCCCCAAGUCCUCACCCCUCCCACGUGGGAGCCCUAUCUAUAUGGACCACCACUCCCCACAUACACCCAGUUCAAGAUGUAAUGAAAUGAGCACAUGGAACAAACUAAGCUGUAUUUUCUGAAUGUGGGUGCCUGGGGAGCAUAGUGCCUGGUUCUGUCCAGAGGUCUGCUAUGGGGUGUUGGUGAGGGUAGGGGAUGUUGACCUAAAACAAAUAGACUUCCAGUUAUUUCUCCAACAAAAAUGGGUUUAUUUUGUAUCAGCAGAGAAUGGGUCUGCAACCAUGGCAAGCCAUGUGCAAGUCCCCAGCAAAAAUGGAGAGGAAGACUCUUUUAUAGAGGGAAAAGGAAGUUGGGAGGGCUGUAGUAAACAAGAGUCCAUGGCUUCUCAUUGGCUGAGUCCUUGUUGGGAAGGAAGAGGAGAUCUUCCUUUCUGUUGGGCUCUGCAGUCAUCACAGGGCAUGCAGGGUAGUAAUCCUUCUGGUCUCGCAACUCUUGAGGUUUCUGUUAAUUAAUUUUUUUACAUUUCCCACUUUUGAUCAAGAUCUUUCUCUGAAAGCAUCACUAGUCUGAGUCAGGGUUUUCCAGUUUCAGGGUCUUUUUGUCACUCAAUACAAGGAAGGACCUUCCCUGGAUGUAGUAUUCCACAUCAGAGGGAAAGUGCACAGAUUUAAGAUCUGUUGAGGUCACAUUUAAGUAACAAGGAAGGGUAGGAGGGAGAACUCUUAGGCACUUUUUAUCUAAAGUGUAUAUGUUACCAAGAUCCUAGACAUUAGAGAUUAUCUGAAGUCUUAUGUCAUCAAAGGUUUGGUAACAAACUUCCACAGGCCUAAUCUGGAUAUCUUUGGAACGCUGUCUCAUCAGAAGUGGUCUGCUUCACUUCAGGGAAAUCUUUACCUUCAGGUCACCAGAUGAUUUGGUGUUUUCUUUAGGUGUGUCAUGUGAAUCCAAGAGUUGUAUUCCUUGGAGUUUUGCAGCACAAGGGUUGGUUAGCAGUGCCUGAUAGUGGCCUUUCCAGCAAAGUUGAAGAGAGUCCUUCUGGAGGUGUCUUUUCCAAUAGAUGAGAUUUCCAGGUUGCUAGGUGUGAAGCUCAAGGUCUUCAUCUCCCAAGAGUGCACUGUGAGAAGAUUGCUCUACCAAAACGUGUUUGUUUUUUGUUUUGUUUUGUUUUGUUUUGUUUUGUUUUUGGCUGCAUUGGGUUUUCGUUGCUGUGCAUGGGCUUUCUCUAGUUGUGGUGAGUGGGGGCUACUCUUUGUUGUGGUACACGGGCUUCUCAGUGUGGUGGCUUUUCUUGUUGUGGAGCACGGGCUCUAGGCACAGGCUUUAGUAGUUGCAGCAUGUGGGCUCAGUAGUUGUGGCUCGCAGGCUCUAGAGCACAGGGUCAGUAAUUGUGGCAUACGGGCUUAGUUGUUCCAGGUGUGUGGGAUCUUCCCAGACCAGGGAUCAAAUCCGUGUCGCCUGUAUUGGUAGGCAGGUUCUUAACCACUGUGCCACCAGGGAAGUCCAAAACAUGGUUAUUUUUAAUAGAAGCAAUUAGACCUUUGCAGUAUUGGAGUCUUUGUCCUUUUAUUAGUUGUGGGUCAAAAGAGGUAGGAGCCAAGUGUGCUGGGCAUCCUAUCAUUAUCUCAAAGGGUGUCAAAGUUCCAAAUGAGGAGGAUCUACAGUUUAGAAGAACUAACAGCAAUGCUUUUGACCAAGAUAUUUGUAGGGCCUCUACAAGUUUUGCCAGUUGAGUCUUAAUAAUGCUGUUGGUGUGUUUGAUCAAACCAGAGGAUUGAGGCUGGGAAGUAUGGUGAAAGUGUUGUAAAACUGGCUGAAUAGCACAGACUUGUUGAAGCACCUGGCCAGUGAAAUGGAUUCCUCAGUCAUUACGAAGUUUAAGAGGAGUUCCCCAGGUAGGGAUAAUCUUUUCCAAAAGGACUUCAGUCACAGAAGAGGUAGUAACCUAUCUGUAAGGGAAAGCUUCAGUCCAGUGUGAAAACAUGCAGACCACGACUAAAACAUACUUGUAUCCAUGAAAUGGAGGAAGUUGUAUGAAAUCCAUUUGCCAGACCUCAGAUGAUCUAUCAGGCAUUUAAAAUGUCCAGGGGCAGUACAAAGAGGCUUCCCUGGUUUGUUCUUCAGACAAGGGGGACAGUGGGGGUAGGUACUUUCUGCAGCCUUGUUAAUGUUUCCCCACCAGUAUUGACCCAUGAAGGCUAUCAUUUUGUCAGUAGACCAGUGGUUUAAUGCAUGUACAGUGCAGAGGAGUGGGAAUUUUAAAGUCUCUGGCAGGACUGGGUGGCUACUUGGUCUGAACCAGAGCUUUCUCUUUUUAUCAGACCAACAGUUGUUGAAGUUCCAAUCUUGUUUUUCUUUUCCUGAUGUCAAUUUUUGGGCUUCUUGAGCCAGUUUUUAAACAUAUCAUUCGGGGAACUAUCCCUUUGGACCAUGACAGAAGUUUAGCUGCUGUUUCCUUUGAAGGUGGAAUUCCUGCAGAAAUUUCAGCAAGGUGAUUUACCUUAGCUUCCAGAGAGUCACGUUUAGAAUGCCCUGGAAUCUUACUAGUAAUUAAAGGGCAGAUAAAAGUGUUGCAUUCAAUAAUUCCUGAACAUUGGGGCCACUUUAAAUUUUAUUUCUGCUGGAAGUAGGGAAGCCACGUUCCAAAAUCAUGAGCUAUUCUGAAAACAUAUCUAUUAUCAAUAUAAAUAUUGGCAGUCUUGCCCUUGGCGAAAGUGCAAGCCUGUGUAAGAGCAUAUCAUUCAGCCUAUUGGGCCAAAGUAGCCGUAGGUUAAGAUGCUGCCUCAAUAUCAAAAUAAGUUGCAAUAACAUACCCAGGACAGUAUUUGCCAUUUUUCCAUUUUACAUAAAAACCAUCAGUGAAGAGGAGAAGCCCAUGUUACCCACUGAAAUUUCCUGUAGAUCACUAUGAGGAGUUAGGAGGUGGUCCAUCAAGGUUAAGCAGUUGUGAGGGGUUUCACCGGUGACAGAGGAAAGUAGCAGGGUUAAGGUUAAUACAGCGUAAAAGAGUUAUGUGAAGAGCAGCUAACAGAAGAACUCCACAGGCUAUGAGGUGACUGACGGAGAAAUGUUGAGUGUGAUGAAAAGGCAGGCGGGCUAUUGCGUGAGGUACAGAAGUGAUUAAAGGAGAUCCCACAAUGGUUUUCUCAGUGGCCUUAACUACAAGGGCAAUGGUCACGAUGGCCCUAGGCAAGAAGGGUAUUUCUGUUACAGGGUCCAGUUGGUGGCCAUGAUACCCCGUGGGUCAGUGGUGGUCCCCAUGUUUCGGGGUUGAGUACCCCAAGGGCAUUCCCUUUCUUUUCAUAUACAGAAAGGGAAUCUGAUCAUUGGGAUGCCUAAGGGCAGGUGGGUUCAUCAAACUCUCCUUUAAGUCUUUAAAAGCUAUGUCAUCUGGUUCUUCCCAUAAAAUUGGGUUGGGGGUUAUGCUUCAGUAAAAUGUACAGAGGUUUGGCCGUAAGAGAGGAAUUUAGAACUCAAUUUUGGCAAUAACCAACUAGCCCAAGAAAACCUCCCAGUUGGUUCUUAGUUUUGGGUUUAGAGAAACUUAGGACACCAGGAAGUCUGUCUGGAUCUGAGUGUAGCCCUUGUUCUGAUAUCAGAUGCCCUAAACAGUGAACCUGGGUUUGGGGCAAAUUGCUACUCAUCCUCACUACCUUUUGCCCCUUUAAGGCUAAAAGCUUCAGCAGGUGGACGAUGACUUCCUAUGAGGAGAUUUGAGAAAGAGAGCAAAGAAGCAAAUCAUCCACAUAUUGCAGCAAAGUAGAACCUCUAGGGAACUUUGUAUCAUCCAAAUCAGCCUUCAGGAUUUAUGAGAAAUAAGAACUCUUAGUAACUGUGAGGUAUGACUGUCCAGGUAAAUAGUUUUUCUUCUUAAGUGAAGGCAAAAAUGUAUUCGCUAGCUUUGACUGGAAUAUUACAGAAUGCACUACAGAUAUCACAUUAGGGUAAAGAGUUUACCUCCUGUGGGAGUGACUAUUAGUAACAUACGUGAGGAGCAACAGGGUGCCGAGGGAUAACAACGCUGUUUAUUACUCGAAGGUCCUGGACAAACCUACACCCUUGGCUUUUAGGUUUCCUCACCUCUAAAAUGGGAGUAUUACAGGGGCUAGUACAAGGAAUAAUAAACCUUGUAAUCUUCUGUUGUGGCUUUAUGCCUUGACACUGUCAAUUCUGGGAAGAGAUUUUGAGAGCUCUAUUUGAAUCUCAGUAGGAGAUGUACUGUGAAUUUUGCCAACAUCAGUGGAGAUGUUGCCCAUAGGAAGGAUGGUAGUUGAUUCAAUAGGGACAAAUGAUCUGUGUUUACAGAAUCAGCUCUAGUAUCAUCAGAGAUGGAGCAAAUACAAGAUAUCAAAAAGUCAUUUAAUUCACCUUGUUGAUUACUUUGAUGACUACUGCCAAAUUCUGGAAAUACUUCCCCCUUUUGGGAGAAAAAUUCUGCUACCAUACUUCUCUGAGAAGACUCAGCCUAAUAAAUGGAUAGAGGUGGAGGAACUAAGGAGGAAGAGUGUGUAUCUCUCAAAGGCCCUAAACAAAGUGGAGUAGGUUCAGAGACAGGAGCCUGUUGAGGUUCAUUGGAGAUUCCCCCUAUUUGAACUGUUUGAGGCACGGGCUGCUUUCUAGUAGUGGGGCUGAGCCUUGAGAGUGUGGCUCCAGUGUCAGUUAGGACUGGUAGAGAUUCACCUCCAAUCUGGAGAAUUCUCUAAGCCAAUUAAGAGGGAGGAUUGGGAAGAGCCCUAGUGGUUCCUUGGAACCCCACGUUGAGAAUUGGGAGGAUGAUGGAAAAGCUGGUUAGAAGACUGAAGGUGCCUGAAGCACUUAAAUUUGUAACAGUCUCUUUUCCAAAGUCCUGGCUCUUUGCAAUAAUGGCAGAAACUAGGAGGGUUUUGGUUUCAUUUAGGAGCCUUCAUUUGUUGGAGUUGAAGAGAAAGGAUUUUAGCUGUCUCCCUUUUAGGUGACUCCUUCCUCUAAGUGUGAGAGAGCUGCUUUGCAAGAUUAACUGAAUCUGGAGUGGACACAGUUUUUCAUUCCAUCCUAUUCCUUUUUGCUAGAAGGGAAAGGUCCUGCUUCAGCCUACUAGUAAACAUAGAGUUAAAAGCUGCCUGAGUAGAAUUAACAUCUGAAGGAAGCCCAGAAUUUUCUUUAAAAGCAAUCUGAAGUCAAAUGUUAAUAGGAACAGAUUUGUUAUUGUGUGCAAGCCUGCGUUUUGUUCCAAUCAACAGGUCUUGGAAAAGCUGUAAGAAUUGCCCCAUGAGGUCACCUAGCAAUUGCCGGAGCAGAUCAUAUAAGUUAGCCGGGUGGUCUCGCCUAAAGGCCUUUUAGGAUUUUCCCAAGUAGCAGUUUUCAUCCAAUGCUGGGCCUGGCCUUCACCAACAAGCAUACGAACUAGCUGACGUAAGUCAGAGAAACCAGGUUGCUGAGUUUGAAUGACUAUAUUAAAUUCCUCAGCAAAUCUGUGAGGAUCUUCAGUUACUUUGGAAAAAUCUUUGUGGCUCACAGUUCAGCUUUAGUCCAGGGAAUAUACGAAAUUAAGGGUUUAGUCUCUGGAUUCCCAGGAGGCUUAAUUUUAAAGGGACAGGUUCUGAUAAGUUCAGAGGAAAAGCAAGUGGGAGAGUUUUAGAGAAAAAGGAAAGUUCAGUGAGAGAAUUAGUAUCUGGGAACUGAGUCUAGAGCAGGUGUAUGUGGCCUAGAAGAGAAGCAGGAAGAUAGCACCAGGGGCCUGAGCACAGAGGGCUGAGAGAGGGAGACAGGAUGGUGCCGAAAGUGGAGCCCCAGACAAGGGAACAAGGAAGAGCCUGAGGCUUUGGGAGCCAUUCCAUCUUUUUAAUCAUUUGUUUGCCUCAGGUAAAGUCUUAUUUUGCAGAAAGUCAAUUUUAGGCUGCUGUUAACGUUUGGAAGCCUCAAAAUAACAAUCAAAAUAAGCAUUCCAUUUGGUUUUGGAAAUGUUAGGGCUCUGAUAGUCCAAUUUGAUUUUAAGAAAAGUAAGUUUGGAGAUUUCAAAAGUUCCCCAUAAUAGCCGUUGAUAUUCUAGAUUGCCGUUGGUUAGGUGGGUCCAUUUAGUUAGAAAUUCUCAUGAGGAAGGGCUAUGGUUUUUAAACAUGAAGUCAGCCAGAGGGACUUCCCUGGUGGCCCAGUGGUCAAAACAUGGUGCUUCCACCGCAGGGGGCACAGGUUCAAUCCCUGGUUGGGGAGCUAGGAUCCCGCAUGCCGCACUGCACAGCCAAAAAAUUAAAAAAAAAAAAAAAAAUCAGCCAGAGUCCCUGUAGGGGGUGCCCUCAAAAUAUUUAGAUAAUUAGGAUCCCAUUUUUCAGCGUUUUUUCUCUAAAGUAAAAAUAAUUUUUAAGAAGCCUAAACCUCUCAAGCAGCUAACAGCUUAAAUAACUUGCAGCCCAAGCAGUUCAAAUAUCUCUAACAGCCUGCAGGCCUAAUGCCAGCCAGUUCUAAAGGAAUAGGUUUGGUCCUAGAGGAGCCAGGCCAAAGGCUUCUCAGCAGAGUUCCCACAGAACAACCCCUCUUCCAAAGGAACGGCCUAAAGGCUGCACUGGCACAGUUCCAAUGAAAUAGCCUCUGUUCCCAAAGGAAUGGGCUGAAGCCUAGCCAGUUCCAGUUGGAACAGUCUGAUUUCAAAAUCAGACUGAAGUUCCAAACGAGUACUCGAGUACAGAACAAGGCCUUAACCAGGAAGGACGAAACAUUAAAAUAGAUCCCAAGUAAAGCCUGGAGAGCUUCAAAAUGCAAAGAGGGCAGAGGCUUAGAUCCAGGAGAAAGAAGUACCUUCAAACUCCAGGGUCAGUGAGAAAGUCAGUGAGCAGCAGUGGGCUCAUGUGGGCACUACACCUGUUUACUUACCAGCCCAGCAGGGGUCUUCACUGGAUCCUUGUACAAGUCACCAAACUGUUGACCUAAAACAAAUACAUGCCAGUUAUUUCUCCAGCCAAAAAUAGGCCUAUUUGGGAUCAGCAGAGAAUUGCAAUUCAGGGUCUGCAAACACGGUGAGCCACAUGCGAGUCCCCACAUGACAAGGGAAGGAGUGGGGAAAGGAAGUUGGGAGGGCUGUCGUAAACAGUCUGUGUUUUUUAAUUGGCUGAGUUGUUGCCAGGAUUGAGAAGAAUCUUUCUUCUUCCUAUUGGGCCCUGCUAUUGUUGCAGGGCAUGAGAGCUCUCCCUUCUGAUCUCCCAGCUCCAUUUAAUUGAGGUUUCUUUUUAUUAAUUUUUUUCAGGGGUAUCAUAGCUCUGUGACCCUGGGCCAGAGCUCCUACCCUGUAGAGCAUGGACCUGAACGCAGCUUUGUUUCUGGGGUUGUUAUAGGGCCUGAGGUCGUGGAUGGCAAGUGCUUUGCCCAAUGCCUGAUUCAGCUUCUCGCCUCAGGGCCUCUGAGCUGAGAGGUGGAGGCAGGUCUCUUGCCUGCUCAGAGUCUACAGUGGGUGCAUAGAGGGUAUGCUGGGGCAUCUGGAGAAAGGGCCCGGGGGUAGGGAGGUGGGAGGAAGAGAACUUUCAAUGCUGACUCACUGCCUCCUUCCUGGGUUAGGGCCACAUCUCCCAACCAGGCUUCCUGUCUCUACCUUUGCUCCUUUAAGGUCUGUCUACAGAAGUCUUAAAAACAGGUCACAUGGUAUCUUUUACUCCUAGUUCGAAGCCCUCCAGCAGUUCCCCACCUCUCAGUAAAGCCAAAGUCCUCACAUGGCCCCCAGGGUCCUAGUAUUUCCGUGUCCACCCCCACCCCCACUGUCUUUAUCUUCUGCACUGCCCCUCUGUCAAGCCCCACUGCCCUGUGACAAGCCAGGUGCACUCCUGCCUCGCUGCUUUUCCAUGUGAAAUGUCCCAGACACCCACGAGGCCAGUGGGUGUUUCACCCUCUCACUGAGGGUGGCUGGCCACAUGGUGGUCUCUGGUCCUCAAAUCCCCAGGCAUGUUCAUUGCCAUGGGGCCUUUGUCCUUGCUCUACUAUCCACCUGGAAUUGAUCUGCCAACUCAGAAGUCUCUUUAGCAGGUGAGGACUUCCCUGGCCAGUCACCACAUAAAAAUUAUAUUUUUUAAAUUAACAUGCAGGAGGACUUUCUAGGUGGCGCAGUGGGUAAGAAUCUGCCUGCCAAUGCAGGAACACAGGUUUGAGCCCUGGCCCAGGAAGAUACCACAUGCCACGGAGCAACUAAGCCCAUGCGCCACAACUAUUGAGCCUGUGCUCUAGAGCCCAUGAGCCACAACUAUUGAGCCCAUGUGCUGCAACUACUGAAGCCCACAUACCUAGAGCCCGUGCUCUACAACAAGAAAGGCCACUGCAAUGAGAAGCCCAUGCACCACAACGAAGAGUAGCCCCUGCUUGCCGCAACUAGAUAAAGCCCGUGUGCAGCAAGGAAGACCCAACACAGCCAAUAAAAUUAAUUAAUUAAUUAAUUAAUUAAAAAAAUUAACAUGCAGGAAAAUUGACUCUUUGGGUGUAAAGAUUUAUGAGUCUUAAUGCAGUUUAGACCUGUUCACCUCCACCAUAAUCAGGACAGCCCCUCAUUCUGUCCCAUUGCGGUCAUAUGCUCUCCCACUCCAAGCCCACUCAUCUGGUUUUCCUGUGUCCCUAUAGUUUUGCCUUCUCCAGAAUGUCAUAUAAGUGAAACCUGACUAUAUAUAACCUUUUGAGGCUGGCCUCUCUCACUCAACAUGCCUUUGAGAUUCAUCUAGGUUGCUGCUAUUCCUCUUUCUUGUUGCAUAAUAUUCCAUGCCGACAGGUUAGCCAUUCACCUGUUGAACAUUUGAGAUGUUUCCAGGUUUUGGUGAUUAUGGAUAGACCUCCUAUAGACAUGCAUAUACAGGUUCUUGUGUGAACAGAGCUUUUCAUUUCUUUUGGGUAAAUAAUAAGCCAUACGAUUACUGGGUUAUAUGAUAAGUAUGUGUUUAACUUUGUAAGAAAGUGUCAAGUUGUUUUCCAUAGUGGCUGUAUCAUUUUGCAGUCCACUAGUGAGGAAAGCCACACAUGUAAGUUAAGCAGGUACCAGUCGCCAGGUGCUCUGUAUCCUUGCCAGCACUUAGUAUUUUCAGUAUUUAACUGCUCUAGUAGGUAUGUAGCAGUAGCUCUGUGUGGUUUUAAUUUGCAUUCCCCCAGUGUCUACAAUGUCAACCAUCUUUUCACUGGCUUAUUUGCUGUCUGUAUAUUCUCUCUGGUGCAGUGUCUGUUCAAAUUUUUUGCCCAUUAAAAAAAAAAUUGAAUUGUUAGCUUUCUUACUGUUGAAUUUUGAAAGUUCUUUAUGUAUUCUGAAUGAAAGUUCUCUAUGUAUUCUGUAUAUAAGUCCUUGUUAGUUAUGUGGUUGGUAAAUAUUUUCUCCCAGUGUAUAGAUUACCUUUUCAUUCUCUUACCAGUAUAUUUUUCAAAGCAGAUGUUUUAAUUUUUGAUAAGUCUACUUUACCAGUUUACUGCUUUUUUCUCAUGCUUUUGAGUCAUGUCUGACCCUAGGUGACCCCAGGUUACAAACAUUUUCUCUAUUUUCUUCUUUAGUUUUAUAGUUUAUAAUUUAUUUUGAAUUAAUUUUUGUUUAAAGUGUGAGGUUUAGGCUGAAGUUCAUUUAUUUGCCUAUGGAUGGCCAACUUUUCUGGCACCAUUUGUUGGAAACACCAUCCUUUCUCUACUUAAUUGCCUUCAAACCUUUGUAAAAAAUUAAUUAGCUAUCUUUGUGUGGUGCUAUUUCUGGAUUCUUUUCUGUUCCAUUUAUCUGUGUGUCUAUCCCUUCAAAAAUAUCAUUUAAACUUGAUUAACUUGAAUUUUAGAGUAAUGCUUAAUAUCAUGUAGUGUGAGUCCUCUAACUUUGUUCUUUUUAAAAUUGUUUUGGCUAUUCUAUUUCCUUUGCCUUUCCAAAAAAAAUUUUAGAAUCAACUUGUCUAUAUAUAUAAAAUAAUCUUGCAGGAUUUUGAUUGGAAUUGCACCAAACUUAUAGAACUAUUUGGGGAAACAUCUCUGGCUUUCUUUGAUUUUUUUUCAUGAGUGUUCUGUAGUUUUUCAACAUACAAACCUAGUACAUGUUUUGUUAGAUUAUACAUGUUUCAUUAUCUUGGAGCUAUUACAACAUUUUGUUUGUUUCAGUUUCCAAUUGUUUAUUGCUCACACAUAGAAAUCAAUUGAUUUUCAUAUGUUGAUCUUGAAACCUUACAAAACUCACUUUUAAUUUUUAAAGAUUUUUGGUAGACGCCAUUGAAUUGUCUACAUAAACAGUCAUGUUGUCUGUGAAUAAGAAUGAUUUCAUUUCUCCUUUCACAAUCUGGUUGCCUUUUUUUCUUUUUCUUGCCUUAUUGCACUGGCUAGAGCUUCCAGUACUAUGUUGUUUAGGUGUAGUGAGAAUGGACAUCUUUGCUUUGUUUCCAAUCUUUGGUUUCAAUGUUUCACCAUUAACUAUAAUGUUAAAUGUAGAGUUUUUGUAAGUGCCCUUUAUCAAAUUAAGGAAAUUCAGUUUUAUUACUAGUUUUCUGAGAGUUUUUAUAAUGAGUGGGUAAUGGGUUUUGUCAGUUGCUUUUUCUGCCUCAAGUGAUAUGAUCAUGGUUAUUUUCUUCUUUAGCGGUUAACAUUGGUUGAUUUUUGGAAUAUUGAACCAGCUUUGCAUUCCUGGGGUAAAUCUCACUUAGGCUUGUCGUGUUAUUCUCCUGGGUUUGAUUUGCUGGUAUUUUGUUGAGGAUUUUUGUGUCUAUGCUAAUGAAAGAUAUUGGUCUCUAGUUUUCUUGUACGGCAUUUGUCUGGUUUUGCUAUUGUUAUUUUGAACAGUGUUUUUUCAGAAAAUGGUAGUUAGUGAUACCCAUUCUGUAAUGCAUAUAGUAAAAUGUUUAAGAAAACUUCUAAUAAGUGUUUCUGUGAAUACUACUUGCACUCUGUAUUGAGAACAGUGUUAUAUCAUUAAAGGAAAACAAUACCCAUUCUGUAAUGCAUGUAUGAAGUGUUUAAGAACACAAGUAUAAACACGUUUCUAAGAACGUUACUUGCAAGCACCAGUGAGAACAGUGUUAUGUCAGUGAAGGGGGUGGAGAGGAAAUGACAUCAGCAUCAUAGCAGCAUUAGUCUUUUUUUUCUCUCUCCACUGAUUUGCAAUUAAUUGUUUAUCCUUAACUGAACUUUAGUGCCUUUGCACAAUACACCAGGACACUGGGAGACUUCCGUUCACCUGUGCAUUUGAAAAUGGGCAGAUAGGCCCUUGACUGGGGCUGUGGAUCUAAGGGAUUUGAUGAGCCUGUGCCAUCUCCACUCACUGCAGUGGAUAAAGGGAGCCUCGAAAGUGCAGUACUCAGAGGGGGAUACCCAAAGGAGAUAAAGAAUUUGUGAAGGUCUAGCCUGCCUGAGGGAAGAACCCAACAUGCUAUCAGAAUGAAUUAGAUGAUUUUGGAGGCAGAGUACAGGGAGAAAUUUGCCAAGGCAGCCCCCCCACCCCACACUUCCCAGGGUGACACUGCAAAUCACUGGGCUUUUGGUGGCACCAGAGGUGACCUCUCUGACAGAUAAGGUAGAAAAUGAAAGCAGUGAAUGACUGACUACCUGGUUUGCCCCAGGGGUUCGGUUGUGGCUGGAGAGCCCUGUUUUUUCCAACAGCACUUGAAUUUCUGAGGAGGGACCUCAGCGUUUAGGAGAGGAAAAGGAAAGGGAAGAAGGCACACAAGAAUAUCAAAGGGCAUUGAAGGAAUGUGUUUCCUGCUGUCUGCUUUGGGACUUCAGCAGGUUCAAUCAUGGACCUCUGGGAGUGGCCACUCCAGGAUUCUCCUACAAGGUCCACAGGCACCCUCAAAAUCCCAGGUGUUAAGCCCUCAUUCUGCUGCCACCUCCUUGUGGAUGCUCCUGAGUGUGUGUAUCCAUGAGAGCCAGCUUGGGUAGGAAAAAAAGUGCAAGCUUGAGCUAUAGCACCACCUUCUGGAAUACAAAAGAUGGGUUUGUAAUUGCCAGCCUGUUUAGGAAUUGAAGUAAAUCUGAACUGAAGAAGGUGUCUGCUACUCAGAUUCAAAUCAGAAGUGCAUAUCAUCAAACACUAUGAAAAAUUUUUAAAAAUGGUAUCACAAAAAGAAAAUUAUUAUUCUCCAUAACCAAACUUAAAGGCUCAGACUGAUAAAGAAUUCAAAAUAGCUGUUAUGAAGAGCACUGGAGUUACAACUAAAUGCUGAACAAUCAUUGACAGGAAAACACUGGAACUCACCAAAAAAGACACUCCACAUCCAGAGACAAAGGAGAAGCCACAAUGAGAUGGUAGGAGGGGUGCAAUCGUGUUAAAAUCAAAUCCCACAAACUGGAGAACAGUUAUACUGCAGAAGUCCACCCACUAAAGUGAGGGUUCUGAGCCCCACGUCAGGCUUCCCUACCUGGGAGUCCAGCAAUGGGAGGAGGAAUCCCCAGAGAAUCAGACUUUGAAAGCCAGUGGGAUUUGAUUGCAGGACCUCCACAGGACUGGGGGAAACAGAGACGCCACUCUUGGAGGGCACACAAAAAAGUGUGCCCACCAGGACCCAGGGGGAAGGAACUGUGACCGCAUAAGAGACUGAACCAGACCUACCUGCUGGUGUUGGAGGGUUGCCUGCAGAGGUGGGGGGCAGCUGUGGCUCACCAAGGAGACAGGGGCACUGGCAGCAGGGGUUCUGGGAAGUGCUUAUUGGAGUGAACCCUCCCAGAGUCCACCAUUAGCCCCACAAAAGAGCCUGUAAGCUCCAGUGCUAAGUAGCCUCAGGCCAAGCAACAAACAAGGUGUUAACACAGCCCCACCCAUUGGCAGACAAGCAGAUUUAAGUUUUACUGAGCUCUGCCCACCAAAUUGGAUUAACGUUUUACUGAGCUCUGCCCACCCAGCCCUACCCACCAUCAGUCCCUCCCAUCAGGAAGCAUUCAUGAGCCUCCUAGAUAGCUUCCUCCACAAGAGGGCAGACAGCAGUAUCAAGCAGUAUCAGCAGUAUUCAUCUUGUGGAACUGAAAACCACAGCCACAGAAAGAUAGAGAAAAUGAAAAAGCAGAGGACUUUGUACCAGAUGAAGGGACAGGAUAAGACCCCAGAAAAACAACUAAAUGAAGAGAAGAUAGGCACCCUUACAGAAAAAAAAUUCAGAAUAAUGAUGGUGAAGAUGAUCCAGGACUUUGAAAAAAGACUGGAUGCAAAGAUUGAAAAGUUUACCAAAGACCUAGAAGAAUUAAAGAACAAACAAACAGAGAUAUGCAACACAAUAACUGAGAAAAAUACACUAGAAGGAACCAACAGCAGAUUAACUGAGGCAGAAGGGCGAAUAAGUGACCUGGAAGACAGAAUGGUGAAAAUCACUGAUGCAGAAAAGAAUAAGGAAAAAAGAAUGAAAAGAACUGAAGACAGCCUAAGAGACCUCUGGGACAAUGUUAAACACACCAACAUUCGCAUUAUAGGGGUCCCAGAAGCAGAAGAGAGAGAGAAAGGACCCAAGAAAAUAUUGGAAGAGAUUAUAGUUGAAAACUUCCCUAACAUGGGAAAGGAAAUAGCUACCCAAGUGCAGGAAGUGCACAGAGUCCCAGGCAGGAUAAACCCAAGGAGAAACAUGCCAAGACAUAUAGUAGUCAAGCUGACAAAAAUAAAAGACAGAGAAAAGUUAUUAAAAGCAACAAGGGAAAAACGACAAAUAACAUACAAGGGAACUCCCAUAAGGUUAAUCAGCAGAAACCCUUCAAGCCAGAAGGGAGUGGCACAAUAUAUUUCAAGUGAUGAAAGGGAAGAACCUACAACCAAGAAAACUCUACCCAGCAAGGAUCUCAUUCAGAUUUGAUGGAGAAAUCAAAAGCUUUACAGACAAGCAACAGCUAAGAGAAUUCAGCACCACCAAACCAGCCCUACAACAAAUGCUAAAGGAACUUCUCUAAGCGGGAAACAGAAGAGAAGAAAAGGGCCUACAAAAACAAAAACAAAACAAUUAAGAAAAUGGUAAUAGGAACAUACAUAUUGAUAAUUACCUUGAAGGAAAAUGGACUAAAUGCACCAACCAAAAGACACAGACUGGCUGAGUGGAUACAAAACCAAGACCCACAUAUAUGCUGUCUCCAAGAGACCCACUUCAGAUCUAGGGACACAUACAGAUGGAAAGUGAGGGGAUGGAAAAAGAUAUUCCAUGCAAAUGCAAAUCAAAAGAAAGCUAGAGUAGUGAUACUCAUAUCAGAUAAAAGAGACUUUAAAAUAAAAAAUGUUACAAGAGACAAGAAAGGACACUACAUAAAGAUCAAGGGAUCCAUUCAAGAAGAGGAGAUAACAAUUAUAUAUGCACCCAAUACAGGAGUACCUCAAUACAUAAGGCAAAUGCUAACAACUAUGAAAGAGGAAAUGCAAGGCAGAAAUAGAGACACAGAUGUAGAGAACAAACACAUGGACACCAAGUGGGGAAAGCAGGGAGGGUUGGGGGGGGGGGAAGAAUUGGGAGAUUGGGAUACCAAAUUGUACACUCUAAAUAUAUGCUGUUUAUUGUCUGUUAACUGUAUCUCAAUAAAAGUUCUAAAAAAAAAAAAAGAAAAAAAAAAGAAAAAAUACAGAAUAGCUGUUAUGAAGAAAUUCAACAAGCUACAAGUAAACUCAGAAGGCAGUUUAGUGAAGUCAGGAAUAAAAUUAAUGAAAUUACCAUAGAGGUUGAAAUUAUAAAAAAGGACCAAACAGAAAUUCUGGAGCUGAAGAAUUCAUUGAAUGAGAAAUAAAGAUCAGUGCUGAAAUAAAUGACAUAGAGACCAGAAUAACAAUAGAAAGACUUAACAAAAUUGAGAGCUGGUUUAAAAAAAUUAUAAAAAUUGACAAAUUUUUAGCUAAACUAUGCAAAAAGAAGACAAAAUUAUAAGAGAAAGAGGAGACAUUAAAAUUGAUACUACAGGGAAAAAAAGGGAUAGAUUACCAAUAAUGAUAAUUGCCAACAAAUUAGAUAACCUGGAAGAAAUUAAUAAAUUUCCCAUAACACGACUUGCCAAACAGUCAGGAAGAAACAGAAAAUCAGAACAGACCAAUAGUGGCAAAAAGGAUUGAAUCAGGAAUCAAAACCUCUCAACAUUGGAGGAGCAAGCUCCCCAGGAGCUGACAGCUUCCCUGAGAAGUUCUACUAAACAUUAAAGAAUCAAUGCCAAUCCUUCUCAAACUCUUCCAAAAGAUUGUGAGGAAGGAAGACUUCCAAACUCAUUCUAUGAGGCCAUCAUUACCCUGAUAGCAAAGCCAUUUAGGACAACAGAAGAAAAGGAAACUAUAGACCAAGAGAUUAGAAGUGUUGGCGAGGAUGUGGAGAAAAGGAUACAUUUGUACAUGUGGUGGGAAUGUACAUUGGUUCAGACACUAUGAAAAACAAUAUGGAAUUUCCUGAAAAAAUUUAAAAUAGAUCUACC